UCAAUACAAGGGAAACGAAGAUUCCAUCUAUCUACACGGGAGAGAUACAAAAACAACAUUUAACUUGAAAUUCUGAUAGCUAAUAGAUUAUAUUUAGAAAACAAACAAAUCUAAUAGACAACUAUUGAAGGAAAACGAGAGGAAAAGACAUCUAUCGAUAGACAACCAGCUGAUGGAAGUAUAUUUUAGUCAAAUGGAAAAAAAACAGUGCUCCGAAUGGGAGUGUAUUUGAAUUUCAUUAGAUUAGUCAUGUCUGUCGUACAGCUAUCUGUUAGAUAAACGAGUGCCCGAGCAAUUUGUUUGCAACACCCGCACCACGUGCUCCUCUCUUCGAUUCUUCGCUUUUCGCUGCCCCCCGCGAACUAUUUGGGAUUUGGAAUUGAAAUUGUGUUCGGAUUUGCCCGAUAACGAGUUGCCCAAAUAAACAGCUCCCGCACGGGUUAAUGGAUUUGCCGAUUACGUCGUCGGUUCCCAGUUCAAUUCCAUUCCGGCAGCUGCAGCGAUAAGCGAGCCAUCUGAAUCCCUUUUGCGCGAAUCUCAAGCCGUCCCCGGACUCUUUGCGGUUUAUUUAAUAGCCAGCCAUGUCGGCGAACGGAGGAGAUGCGCCGGCACAUCCACCGCACGAAACCCUCGCUUCGAAACCCAUCGACAUCAGUGUCCGGCUACCGUCGUCGCUCCACGAGCGUCUCACCUCCUUGGACAAGGGCAUGCCACCGGCCUCGCCCACCCUGCCCAGUCCCACCAUCCGGCGGAACAAGAGCGACGGCAAGCUGAUGGCCCAGGACAUCAAGGAGGCCCGGGUGAAGGUCAUCUAUACCGGCGGCACCAUCGGCAUGAUGCGGAAUGAGCGGAGUGUUCUGGCACCCAUUCCCAACGCUCUGGUGCGGCACAUCCGGAAGUAUCCCAACAUCCACGACGAGGAGUAUGCCCUGCAACGGUUUGGGGCUUCCGCCUCGAUGGCACCACUGGUCCUGCCCCUCGUCCAGGGCGUGGACCGCAGGAUACUCUACCAGAUCACGGAGUACACGCCGCUUCUGGACAGCAGCAACAUGACCAUGAACGACUGGGCCCGCAUCGCCAGCGAUAUUCAGCAAUCGUACGAGUUCUUCGACGGAUUCGUUGUCCUCCAUGGCACUGACACUCUCUCCUACACCGCCUCGGCCCUCUCGUUCAUGCUGGAGAAUCUCGGCAAGACGGUGAUCAUCACCGGCUCCCAGAUACCCAUUUUUGAGACGCGAACCGACGGCAAGGACAACUUCACCUCCGCCCUGAUCAUAGCCGGCAACUACAUCAUUCCGGAGGUGUGCAUCUUCUUCGGCCACAAGCUGAUGCGCGGCAACCGGACGGUGAAGGUGAGCUCGAACUCGCUGGACGCCUUCGACUCGCCGAAUGUGCCGCCCCUGGCGAGGAUCGGCAUAGACGUCAAUGUGGACUACCGACUCAUCUUCCGGCCGUGCAGCAUAGAGCGUUUUUGCGUCCACCUGAAUCUCGACGAGAACGUGGGUCUGCUGCGCAUCUUCCCGAGCAUUUCACACUCCACCUUCCGUGCCUUCCUGGCGCCACCGAUCCGCGGCGUGGUGCUGCAGUCCUUCGGCUCUGGCAACAUCCCUUCGAACCGCAAGGACCUCAUCGAGGAGCUGAGGGCUGCCGAUGAGCGGGGCGUGAUCAUCAUCAACUGCACCCAGUGUCCCAAUGGCACUGUGGCCGAGAUCUACGACACGGGCAAGGUCCUGUGCGAUGUGGGCGUGAUUCCCGGCUACGACAUGACCCCGGAGGCGGCGCUCUCCAAGCUGGCCUACGUCAUUGGCAAGACGGAGUGGUCCUUGGAGGUCAAGAAACAGAUGAUGCAGUCGAACCUGCGCGGCGAACUGACCUCGGUGAAGGCGGCUAAAAUAGAGGACUACGAUCUGGUGGACGCAGUGGCUCGAUCCCUGCACCUGUCCUCGCCACAGGAACUGGACCAGCUGGGCGCCACCCUCUUCCCGGCCAUGAUAAACGCCGCCGUGUCGGAGAGCGAUCUUAAGAAGAUCAACAACCUGAAAGCCUACGGAGCUGACCUCUCCGGCAUUAAUCACGACCAGAGAACGGCCCUCCACCUGGCCUGUCAGCUGGGCAGUGUCGACAUCGUCAAGUACCUGCUGAACAAUGGAGUCUCUGUCCAUGUCCGUGAUCGGUACGACCGCACACCCCUGCUGGAGGCAGUGUCCACCGACAACCACGAGAUCAUCCAGCUGCUGAUCAACUGUGGCGCCCAUCUCACCGGAUCCUCGCGGGCGGUGGGUGAGCAGCUGUGUGCCGCGGCGGCCAGGGGCUCCAUUGUUCGGAUGAAGUCCUAUCAACUGGCCGGCGCCGAUCUCUCCCAGGCCGAUCCGUCGGGCAGGACGGCUCUGCAUGUGGCUGCCUUGCACGGCCACCCGGAAGUCAUCCUCUACGUCCUCCCGUAUUUCGAGAAUCCCAACGAGAAGGACAUGCUCGGCCUGACGCCGUGGGAUUAUGCAGAACGAGGUGGACAUCCUGCGGUUUUGGAAGCCCUAAAAUCCACAGGAUGAGUCCCGGGUAGUUUAAUGUUAAAAGAUUACUUAAUUUUUCCUGGUUUUGAACUUUUGUGUAUUUAUUUUAAGAAUUCGGAAUACCAUCGAAAAUAUUUGUCGCUAAUUACGGAAAAAAUAAUUUCUGUGACAGUUUUUUUAUUAAAUACUUAAUAUUCCUUUAAUCAGUCGUGUCUAGUCCAUGGGUUCCUAACUAAACGUGCAACUUGUGAGUGUAUUUUGAUACUAAUACUAACUAGCAUUUGUAUUUAAACCGUGUUUGAAUCAUUUUUGUUUUUAUUUGAACUUAAAAAGUCUUCGAAUUGUUAAAUGUAAUGUAAUAUAUAUUAUAAAUGGAAAAACAGUCCACGAAUUAUUUAAAACUCAGAUU